GUGGCCAUGUCGAAGUGGAGCAAAACGCAGGGUGUUGUUGUACCCCUGGAGUCGCUGCUAAAAGAACGCCGGAAAGAGAACUGUCCUGCACCACGCCGUUCGGCUGGUCUGGUGGGACGAUGGGGCAUUACAAGUUUUACCUCGAUACGCAGUCGAAGUUAUGUUGCGGAAUAUAACAACGUUGAUUUGAAAGAUGCAACCGGUCUGGAUCUCGCGACCGGCGACUCGCCGGACAGCGUCGUUAAUCUCCUCGGUUCUAAUAAUACCGAGACCGUACGCCCGCGUAAAUUCUUCAAAAGCCGCAACAUCAUACCUCCGCCACCACCUCCACCACCGGUUCCGAACGAACAUCUGGGUCACUCGCCGUACGCGUCCAAUGCCGGAAGCAUCGGCUACGGUGCAGGCACUUCAGAUCCAUGGAAUCAAGCAAACGUAACCACGACACCGCCCCAGCAGCAACAAUUCUACCAGCCACUGUCGGCGGCUGCUGCAACGCCACAGUUUUCCCCGACCGGCCCACAGUCAGCAAACGUGGGUCUGCUUCCGGGUGGCCAUGUAGGCGAUGGUAUGGGGUAUGCGUUACAGCAAUAUCCACAACUGCUGCACACGGUCCCGGUGUCGAAGGAAAAGAAACCAGGCCGGAAAAAGAAAACGGCAGCCACCGCCGCCGCCACUGCUGCCCCAUUUGCUGCUCUCGAACCAUCAUUCGAAGCUGCUAGUACGCCAGGGCGCAAAACGACUGGCAGCAAAGCCCCGAAAAAGGAGAAGAAAGAAAAGCGGGCAAAGAAAAGUAAAAAGGAACCGACAGCUGGUGAAUUAGAACAGGAGCAACCGAAACGUAACUCCUCCCGCAUACGCAACCGCGUGGUGAAUUAUAACGAGGACGAGGAUAGUAAUGACUACGAACGGCCGGCAGCGAUCCGGACAACGGUCACCAACAAUCACCAUCCUAAUGCGCCUUUUAGUACGCCAGAAUAUGGUAUCCUGGCACAAUCGACCGAUCCUUCGUUUGCCGGUGUGCUCGAUCAGCAGCAGCAGCAGCAGCAGCAGCAACAGCAGCAGUUUCAUCAGAAUUCACCGGUACCGACCGCCGCUGCACCGUACAAUCCGAUGGUGCAACGGCCGGUCUCUUCUUCUUCGUCUCCGGCGGGUGGUUAUCAUUCGGGUGGCGAGGGACGAUACGGUGCUAAACCUACUACAACCGUCACCACGCCGAUGCCAUCGCCAAGCGAACAUAGGCCCAUUUUGCUACGUAUAUCCAAGGGUACAUCGAUGCUGAUUAGUACCGAUAGUGAAGAGGUUUCGACAAACAAUAGCACACCACCGACGACCACAAGCAACCAUCAGCAUUAUAAUCAGCAGCAGCAGCAGCAACAACAGUCCGACCAACAACCAGAUGAUGAAGAUGAUGAUUACGGUGGUGAUUUGCCGCCACGAACGCUGCUAGCCGAACGAGGACCAACCACCAACCUAGACAACGCGGUGGACUAUCUUAAGCAGCCGCCCCAUCAGUAUAGCACUCCGGUUGAACCUUUUUCACUUGGCACACCGCCACCAGCACCAACACCGAGCGGGGAAGGUGAGGCAACGUCUGCCGAAGUACAGCCAACUGCGGGACCGAAAUCGGAGCUAAAGAUUAAAAUAUCGCUCGGUGGGAAGCCACUGAUCAGCAGUACCACCAGUGGCGUUGGUGUCGGUUCAACGACACCCAACAGUAACGUCGGUACGUCCAGCGGUAGCAAGAGCGCCAAGAGCAGUAGCAAGUACAACUUCAAGAAGCGUGCCAUCGAACGUGAGAAAGCCCGCUCGUCGCAUUUGUCGUCCAAGCGCAGCAAGGCGGACAAUUCGGACAGUGAGCAGCAGAAUUCCGGUGCUGCUUCCACUACUACCAACGCCACCACCACCACGAUACAUUCAGUGACGUCCUCGACCGUAUCUAAGGAGAAGCCAAUCAGUGGGCCUACCGUAACGCGUCCGAGCUUCCCACUGCCCGGCACCGAUACGUACGAGGUGUUCCGUACGCUGUCCUCCCUGUCCGGUGGUGAUGAUUUCGAUUCGCAAAGCUCCAUACUAGGCAGUGCGUCGUCGGACAACAACACACCGAAGCAUACGCUCGCACCGGGCGAAGACUGUCAAAUUAUACACAGCCGCGGUUCGAGCGAUUGCGGCAGUGAUUUGGAGCUUUCGCAAAACAGCUCCACGGCGGCGGCUCCACCAUCGGACGUCUACUCGGAGAGUGAGAACACGCAGGAUAACCAGCCUGCCCGUACGACUGCGGUAGUAGCCUCUACCCUUGCUCCUGCUUCCUGCACUCCAACGCCGUCAUCCACGUGCGUGUCGGAGGCACUACCGCCGGUAGAGCUGUUUCAGCACCAGCAACAACCGCAGUCCAGCACCGUCGAACGGGUAGAAGUAUUGAAGCUAAAUCUGAAAAAUGUCACCCAAGGGACGCGUGUGACACGGAAUAAAAUGAAGCACAGCAGUAAUCAGCUGUCCGACGAACAGCAAGCGUCUCCCGCCAAGCAGCUGGUGCUACGCGUUGGCCGAACCAGUCGCAAUCGUUCGGCUGCCAACAAUAACAACAAUGUGGUCCGAGGUAGUACUGUGAGCGAGAAGCGUACCCGCAAACAAGAGACGGCGGGCGAGCAAACGGAUACGCCACCAUCCACUAAUCCGUCCUCCCAACUACCGUGCGACGAGCCUGCGCUAAAUCUGCAAACGGUGCCUCCAACGAUGGCGGAAAUUCCAAUGGCUGUUGUGAAUAGCGAGAUCGCUUCAGAAGUAACCGCUGCGGGACCUACACAAAGCGUUACGCGUCAGUACAGCCGCCGCAAGAAGAACGUGAUCCCGCCCGACUAUCUUGGUGAAGCGUCGUCGACCGGUGGUGCGAUCGUGGAGACGGUUUCGGCUGUGGAGAAAGCAGACAACAGCAGUGAGUGCGAACUGGAUCAGCAUAUAGCGACAGCAUUACCCGAGACGUUACGACAGAACGGUGAUACGAUGGCAGAGCAGCAGGUAACGUCCUGUACGACUACGGCGCGUACAUCAUCACCCUUAGCGCAGGAAGUGACCUUAGCACCGGUAGCAGUGGUACCACCAGUAUCCGGACCACCGCCACCGAUGCGCUUGGUGCUGCAGAAAAAGGGUACCAUUUUCAAGAGCCGACCAAUGGUGGGCUCUUCGGAUGGUGCCAACGACACCAAGAAGCGGCACGUCUACAAACACAAAUGGGAUAACGACCACGGUAACGGUAUGAUGAUGGAUGAGCAGGGUGCGCUCAUUGCAGGUGAUGGUGGUGGUAGCGGAGGUGGUGGUGCGGCCGGUUCCAACCCCGACACUGCCAAUAACUUGGCUGGCUCGGGAGUUGCUGGAGUUGGUGGCAAUACCACUAGUGCGGCCGGUGUGACAGGGAGUAAUAGCAAAAUGGCAUCCGAUCCGACAAGCUUAUCCUACACGGGUGACGGAAGCUGUGGUAUAGACGGUAUGGAGGGCGAUCAACUGGAGGGUGGUAAUAGUACCGGGCCGACGGGAGCAUCUACUGGUGCGGGAAUCCUUAGUACAGCUCAGCUCGAUUAUGAUGGCAACUUUUUCGACAAUGAUGGACCCGCUGUGAUGCCACCUCGUUCGAAGCGGUUAAAAACGUUCGCGCCGAGUGGUAAUGCACCAGGGGCUGCUGGAUCAGCUGGUCAAAGUACAGGUGUUGGAAUGGGAGGCAGCAACGCGGGAGGAGCAGGAGGAGGUGCGACUGGUUUCGGUUCCAUGCACUACCACAAUCGAACGCAGCCAAGCGCUGGAGACGAAUACGAUGGUGACGCGGCGAACGCGUUCGACGACGUUGCAAACGGGGGUGAGGAUGAGUACGGUGGUCCGGGCAGUAGGAUGCGUCAUUCGAGGCCCUUCUACACGAUCGUGCGCAACGUGAAAAACUCGCACCAGAUGCAGGAGAUUGGCGAGUUUCAGGAAAUGGAUGACGACGUCGAUUACAUCCUGAGUGCUCUGCAUCCCGACAAUCCGAUCUCGACACGGUGCCUGUCCGCGCUGCAGCUAGCGACCAAGUGCAUGAAACCCGCGUUCAAAAUGCACGUCCGGGCGCACGGUGUUGUAACACGCUUUUUCCGCGCCUUGUCCGACGCCCACCAGGAUCCAAGUCUUGGACUCUGUACCGCCGCCAUUAUGUACGUGUUCUCGCAGGACAAGCUCAACAUGGAUCUCGAUCGGGAUUCGCUCGAGCUGAUGCUGAAUCUGCUCGACACGGACCACAAGCUAGACGGUACCAACCAACAGCAACAGCAGGGCCAACUGCAAAAGAACCGCCAGCGGGUGAAGGAGCUGUGCGAAGAAAUAAAGAGCGCUGGAAAGGGCAAACACAUCGACACGGACCGCGUGACGGCGGGUUCGCUAGCGAUGGAAUCACUCUUAUCGCUCACCUCGCAACGAGCCGGCGAGUGGUUUAAGGAUGAGCUGCGCAAUUUGGGCGGUAUCGAGCAUCUGAUCAAAACGGUUGCCGAAUGCUACGAGCAGGUACCGGGACGGGCUAGCGAUUGGGCCGAACCGGAUGUGGCGAAGCUGCGCAAAAUCGAACGCUGUCUGCGGGUGCUGAACAACGUCAGUCUGUUCAACUUUCAGAAUCAACGGUUUCUGCUCGAGCAUCGAGCCGGCUUGCUGGUCCAGAUAUUGGUGCGGUUGUACCGGCAAGUGGACCGGGAUCUGAUGCACUAUCCGACGGACGAUGCGACACCAAAGGAAAGUAUCGGUGUGCUGCUGCGUGAGCUGCUGCAACCGAUGCUGCACAUGCUCAUCACGCUUACCCACGCAUUCAAUGAAGAAGCCCAAGGAGCCCAUCUCGUGGGCAAGCAACCGGAUGUGAUUAACAUCACGAUGCAUCUGUUGCUGCGCAUUUCCGACUACGUCCCGCAGCGGUGUGUGUUUGAUCUGCAUCUGUUGGCGCUAACGCUGUUGCUGCACCUUGCCCGUCCGAGUCAACAUAAUCGCCAGCAGGUGCUGUGCUACAUGGACAGCGAGACGAAUCGGGGCGGUAUUAAGGCGCUGGUCGAGUACUUUGAGCAGCAGGAAGAAAUGGCUAGUCAUGCGGAAGCAAAAACGAAUGCCAUUUUGGAAACUCCGGCCCGAACGGUUGACGCUGAGGAUGCGGAAACCAAGCUGAUUCAAAAAGCGGAACAUCAUAUGGAACACACGUACAUGGGCAGCCACGUGUGCAUGCUCAUCUGUCAGCUGGUGAUGAGCGAACCCGACUACGAGCAGAUUGCCCGGAUGCAUUUGAAAAACAACAACUUCAAGCGUAUGGUCGCCGCCCUCAGCCGGUACUACGAGUUCCUGAACCUAACGACCAACGCGGACGCCGAAAGUACUGCCCACAAGCGGCAAACAAAGGAAGCCAUUGACUAUCUCGGCCAGCUGGAUGGCUGUGAAUCGUCCGGUGUCGUAAGAACCGGUACAACCACCGACCCUACCACUACUACUACUACAACUACGGCUACAGCCACGUUUUGUGAGUAG